AUGAGAGUCUUGGAGCAGGGGCCGGGGAAUGGUGUUUCCAGAAACAAAAAUCUGCCAAGGCAAGGUGUGGGCUCCAGCAAAAAAAAUCUGCCUGGGCUAGCCCUCCCCAGCAAGGGGCCUGGGGGGAGGGCGCAAGCCCAAAAUGGUGUUUCUAGCAACAAAAAUCUGUCAGGGCAAGGUGUGGGCCCCAGCAAAAAAAAUCUGCAUGGGCUAGCCCUUGGGGAGGUUCAGCCUGAGUAG